AUGGCAAAGUGUCUGUCUUUGGCUCUGUCCGUGGUGCUGAAGAGUGUUGACAGAGUAUUGGGGUCAUUGUUUGUUUUCACAUUCUUAAUGUGUGAACUUCUUUCACACAAGUCAUACGGAGACGUGAGUUACUCUAUUCCAGAGGAGAUGAAACGUGGAUCCGUGAUCGGAAAUAUCGCUAAGGAUAUAGGUCUGGAUUUGGGCAGGUUGUCCGCGCGCAGGGCGCGCGUGGACUCCGAGGACAACGGCGUCCAGUACUGCAGCGUGAACCUCAACACGGGAGAGCUGGUUGUUCAGGAGAGGAUUGACAGAGAGGGCCUUUGUGCGAAGAAGACUUCAUGUAUUCUGCAACAGGAGCUCGUGCUGGAAAACCCUUUGGAGCUGCAUCGCUUUACUAUCCGCGUGCAAGACAUAAAUGACAACGCACCACAAUUUAAAGGAAGCACGCUUAAAUUUGACAUCAGUGAAUCAGCUAUAAAGGGCGCUCGAUAUCCAUUAGAUGAAGCGCUCGAUGGAGACAUUGGGGAGAAUAGUGUUCAGGGCUACACCCUACAAGAGAACAAACACUUUAUAUUGGACGUAAAAACAAAGAGCAAUGGUCGAAAGUAUAGUGAAUUAGUUUUGGACAAGGAGUUGGACAGAGAGGAAAAUAACGAGAUCACGCUUGUGCUGACUGCGUUUGAUGGCGGCUCUCCUCAGAGAUCAGGCACAGUAGUCAUCCAUGUCACUGUUCUUGACGCUAAUGAUAAUGCGCCAGUGUUUAGUCAGACUGUGUAUAAAGCGAGUCUUCCAGAAAACUCUCCUCCAGACACACUGGUUAUUACAAUGACUGCUACAGAUGCUGAUGAGGGAGUAAAUGGUGAAAUAAUGUAUGAAUUUGAUCACCUUACAGAUGACAAACACAUAUUUACUUUAAAUCCCUCCACUGGGGAGGUCAGAGUUGCUCAGUCUAUAGAUUAUGAAAAAGAAUCAUCAUAUGAAAUACAAAUUAGUGCCAAAGAUGGACCUGGACUGGCAUCUUAUGCAACUCUAUUUAUUGAAAUUGUAGACAUAAACGACAAUGCCCCUGUUAUAUUUCUAAAAUCGCUGUCCAAUCAGGUUCCUGAGAAUGUGCCACCUGGUACAGAGGUGGGCAUCAUUAAUGUGCAGGACAGAGACUCAGAGAACAACAGACAGGUCCGCUGUUCCCUUCAGACUGGGGUCCCUUUCAAGUUAGUACCUUCCAUUAAAAACUAUUAUUCUCUAGUGACCACAGAACAGCUGGACCGUGAGCUAGUGUCUGAUUACAACAUUACAAUCACUGCCACUGACGAGGGCUCUCCUCCUCUGUCCUCCUCUAAAACUGUCCACUUAACUGUAGCUGACAUCAAUGACAACCCUCCUGUGUUUGAGGAGCAGUCCUACAGCGCACAUGUGACUGAAAACAACAAACCUGGCUCCACUUUAUGUUCUGUUGCUGCUCGAGACCCAGACUGGAGACAAAACGGGACAGUGGUUUAUUCUCUGUUACCUGGUGAGGUGAAUGGGGCCCCAGUGUCCUCCUAUGUAUCUGUUAAUGGAGACACAGGGGUGAUCCAUGCUGUGAGGGCUUUUGAUUAUGAACAGUUCAGGAGUUUUAAAGUCCAUGUGAUGGCCAGAGACAAUGGCUCUCCUCCACUCAGCAGCAACGUUACAGUCAAUGUGUUUAUAUCUGACGUGAACGACAACUCUCCUCAAAUACUGUACCCGACCCCGGAGGGGAACUCCUUCAUGACUGAACUGGUCCCUAAAGCUGCACAUGCAGGCUCUCUGGUGUCCAAAGUGAUAGCAGUGGACGCAGACUCUGGACAGAACGCCUGGCUGUCCUAUCACAUAGUCAAAUCCACUGAUCCUGGACUUUUUACUAUCGGUCUCCACAGUGGAGAGAUCCGGAGCCAGCGGGACGUCUCUGAAUCUGACAGCAUGAAACAGAACCUUAUUGUGUCAGUGAAGGAUAACGGACAGCCUCCUCUCUCUGCCACCUGCUCCAUGUAUUUACUGAUCUCUGAUAACUUGGCUGAAGUGCCUGAACUCAAGGACAUUUCUUAUGAUGAGAGGGACUCAAAGCUGACAUCCUAUCUGAUCAUUGCACUGGUGUCAGUGUCCACAUUUUUCCUCACCUUCAUUAUUAUUGUCCUGGGUGUGAGGUUCUGUCGCAGGAGGAAGCCCAGACUGUUGUUUGAUGGAGCAGUUGCAAUCCCCAGUGGUUAUCUGCCUCCUAAUUAUGCAGAUGUUGACGGCACAGGAACUUUACGCAGCACUUACAACUAUGAUGGAUACAUGACGACUGGAUCCAGGACAAGUGACUUUAAGUUUGUGUCGUCCUACAAUGACAACACGCUGCCUGCAGAUCAGACAUUGAGAAAAAGCCCCACUGACUUUUCUGACGUCUUUGGAGAUGGUGAUGUCUCUCCUGAGGUAGGCACAUAG